AAUAACGGAUUAAUUUGAUUCAGCAAUCUGUUUUUCCGGUUUUAUGUCAUAGCCUACGAACGUUUUUGGAACACUCUUAUUACGGAAGAAGGGGUUUACGGAAGAAAAAGACAAGAGCUUCCGAACCUCCGAUCUGCUCCGAAGGCGGCAUAGCGCCCAGGGGGGGCGCCUGAUGCCUGAUGUCUGCAUGAUGGAGGCUCUGGUUGCAAAUUACUGCCAUCUAGUGAAAGAAGGAGGAACUUUGCCAAUAUGGUAAAAUGACCCCAUGGCCCGGAAGCCGUACAGUGAUCAUUGAUAAUUUAUAUGGCGUGGUUCCCGCCGUAGUCUUCUAUUUACUACCAGAAAGUCGAGUAAACCGGACGGAAUGGAGAACGAUCCGUGUUUACCGGGAUCCAAAGACAAACCCAACGGCAUCCUGAUUAUAACAGAACCGGACUCUGAGGGAGUCUGUCCAUACCCGGUCCUUCGGAGGCUCUCAGUCCGACUGAGAGACUGCAGCUCCAGGCUGGGCGCACAGGACAGCAAAUAUCUCCGAGACCGCCUGGAAAGGCUGAAGACGAGGAAGGGGCGCGGGAUGUCAAACAUUGGCCGGAAGAUGAUCUACUGCUCCAUGUGCAGGAAGGGCUUCUACAAGCAGGCCCACAUGGAGGCCCAUCGCCGGGUCCACUGCGGCCUCCCGCCCAAUCAGUGCUGGCAGUGCGGCAAGACCUACCCCACCCUACAAAGCCUGGUGCUGCACCAGCAGACCCACGGCCGCAAGGAGCAGUACCGGUGCUCCCACUGCGACAAGAGCUUUGUCCUCAAGCGAGACUGGAAGGCCCACCACCGCACCCACUCCGGCACCAUGCCCUUCAAGUGCUGGUUCUGCCAGGACGGCUUCAGCCACCAGGAAGCGCUGGACCAGCACCUGGACUCGCACAAAGACGAGGAAUGCUACCGCUGCAAGGUUUGUGACAAGCGGUUCAUCUCCUACCAGGGCUUGAACGCCCACUGCCAGUCACACCAGAGGAGGCAGCUGCUGUCGUGCGCCCAGUGCGACAAAGCCUUCAGCAAUCCACAGAGCCUGAAGGUCCACCAGGUGACUCACUCCAGCCAGAAGCCGCACGUGUGUCCGGUGUGUGGGAAGGACUUCAAGCUGCCGGGGGGCCUGCAGUCCCACCUGCUGACCCACGGGGAGGAACGGGCCUAUCGUUGCUCCUGGUGCGACAAGCGGUUCAAGCGGCUGCAGGGCCUCCAGCUGCACCACCUCGUGCACCUGGGCAUCAAGCGCUUUGAGUGCGCCGAGUGCGGCAAGCGCUUCACGCAGCAGUCGCACCUGACGGCCCACCGGACCACGCACACGGGGGAGCGGCCGUUCCUCUGCACGGCGUGCGGCAAGCGCUUCACGCAGUCCUCCCACAUGCGCUCGCACACCAGGCUCUUCCACUGCGACGACAAGCCCUUUGCGUGCGACGACUGCGGCAAGAGCUUCGCCAUCGCCCACUACCUGAAGAUGCACCGUCUGAGUCACACCAAGGAGAAGCUGUACAGCUGCUCCUACUGCAACAAGGCCUUCUCCUACCGCAACUCGUGGAAGGCGCACGAGAGGACCCACACGGGGGAGAAGCCCUUCCAGUGCGGCGAGUGCGGGGAGAGGUUCGUGACGUCGGCUGGCCUGCAGUGCCACCGGCGGUCGCGGCACACGCGAGAGAAGAGCCACUACUGCGCCACCUGCGGCCGGUUCUUCAUGACCGGCUCGCAGCUCCGCCUGCAUGAGCUCAGCCACAGCAAGGAGCGGCCGCACGCCUGCCGCUGCGGCAAGGGCUUCAAGACCAAAGGGGUGCUGAAGAAACACGUCAAGACCUACCCCGACCACCAGGACCUCUGAGGGGGUCCGGUCACGCUCACUCAACCCUGGGAGGAUCAUGCAGGUUCAUGGACUCGGAUCAUCAAGACCGUGUGUGUGUGUGUGUGUGUGUGUGUGUGUGUGUGUGUGUGUGUGUGUGUGUGUGUGUGUGUGUGUGUGUGUGUGUGUGUGUGUGUGUGUGUGUGUGUGUGUGUGUGUGUGUGUGUGUGUGUGUGUGUGUGUUUCAUUCAUAAAUUAUACUUUUUAUGAAUGAAACAAAGUCACAAGAUUCACAAACAAUUCACAUGAAUACAAACACAAUCAACUCAAUCUAAUAUAAUAUGAAUAGAUUUAGUCCUAUUUACAGCUCUGUCUAAUGAUCAAAUGUUGUAAAUAACACUAGCCCUAACAGACAGGGUUGUAUCCUAUCGUGUGUGUGUGUGUGUGUGUGUGUGUGUGUGUGUGUGUGUGUGUGUGUGUGUGUGUGUGUGUGUGUGUGUGUGUGUGUGUGUGUGUGUGUGUCCUUGGAAGAUGCACCAAAGGAAAUAUGGAGGUGGGAUCACUUAAAAUGUGUUGACCUCAGGUGUGCAGUACUAUAAACACUUUAUUUAUUUUUGUCUGAACGAAUGCGUGUAAAUUCAAUGUUUGAGUUUAACAUUUGUUGGCUGUUAAUGCCAAAUAAAAAUCAAUAAUUAAAGGGCCCUAUUUUAACAUCAGGCUGGUCCUUGGUGUUGGACCAAGGAAGGCCUUAUUAGUUGGUUGUGUUUGUUGGCAUGUUUAGAAGGGGCUGUAUGUGGGACAAAUGUGGACUAUGAAGGUGUUUAUUUUGGUACCUGUCGUAUUUGUGAUGCAUUUUUGUGGAUCAAUAAGUAUUAUUUUUUUAAAAAUGAACAGCCGGGAUCUGUUACUAUAACUUUAUUUUUUGCGAAUGGUUUAUAUUGGUGUGAAGAUAUGUUUAGUUGCAACGGUGAUGGCCUGCAUUAUCUCACAAUAAAAACUGGUCCUCGUUCUCCUGAAAGUCAACACACGGCAGUGUAACUACAAUAUUGUCCUUAAAACUCCAGCCAUGACUUUGGAAAGUUAAUAGAUAUUUUAUUUUGAAGCAACGUCUUCAGUGCACUGUGAACGUCAAUGCAUGUACCCUACCUCUUCCUCAAAACAGCAUUCAAAUCAAACCCUUAAUUCUAUUAAGGUUAGGGCGCAUACGUGUUUAUCUUCA